GAGUCAGUACACAAAUGCUUAUAUUUUUGUAUUGGUAUAUGUGUGGCUGCUUAUUCUUGUCUUAAUAAGCACCUUGUGCAAAUGCUUGAUAGGUGCUAUAUGAAUAAAGUUUAUUUUAUUUAUCUCACUAAUCCUUGGGAUGACAAGAGGGAGAGGGGUCCCCACUUCUGAGCUGGGUUCUGCUAAAAUAAAGUUCUUUCCUUGACCACCACUGCUUGUGUGCUUGCUUUAGAAGGGCGGGGCAGGUCUUGAGGCUCUGUGAAGUGUCUUAGUUUACAUAAUGUAAUUGGUCACAGCGCUGGAUAAAAAAAUAAAUAGAUAAAUAGAGAAAUAGAUCAAUAAAUCAAGUUGAAUUGAACUGAGUGUUCCUCACAGGUACGACCCUCCUUUCAUGUCCUCCAAACCCCAAAUUCUGCCCUUCGUGCCCCCUGCCAUGCGCCCCAUCGUGCCCCCAUCUGUGUCCAUGUCUGGGCCCACCGGGGAGCCCUGCAUGUCACGCCAUGUCCAGAUGGAGGCGGUGUUGUGGGAAAAUGAGAGGCUGAAGAGGGAGCUUGAUGCCCAACAAGAUAUCAGCUCCAGAAUACAGAGGCUUGAGCAGGAGCUGAGGCAUGUGUCUGAUGCAUACAGUCAGCUGAUCCACACCUGCGCUGACAGAGAAGCUCAAGAUGUCCAGCAGAGGGAGCAGUUACUGCAUGAGAUCAGGAGACUACAGCAGCUAAACACUAAGCUGAGAGACAGUUUAGAGGAAACCAGUCGUCAGGCAGCGGAGGAGGUGGAGCUGGCAGACCGACACAAACAUCAGAUGAUUAGACAGCUGCGUCAGCUGCGCGUGCGCUGGCACGAGCUGCGCAUGCAUGCAUCUAGACUGGAGCGCGCUCUGGGCACGUCAGAGCAGCGCAGCAAGAUGCUGCACAGGGACCUGCAGACUCAGCAGGCAUGCGCAGACACCGCGCAGCAGCUGCAGGGCGUGCUGUCCCGUCUGCAGGAUACCUGCGCACGCAGAGAGGAGAUGGAAUCGGAACUGCGCACACGACUGCAACAGCAGCUCAGACACGCAUCUGGCAGGUAG